AUGCAAGGAAUGAACGAAUGGCGCACAGUACAGCAGACAAUAGUCGAUGGGGAGAGAUUCUUCCAACAAGUUGGACGAAUGGACGAUGAUGCACGAUUUGCAGACGUACCUGUGAGGCCGUCCUUUGUAUCCACGGAACGACACACCAAAGCAACGGCAGAGACGCUAUCUGAACGACUAGGAAUCGGUUUGCACAGAGCACGAGCCACCUUGAGAUCGACGCUACAAAGGGGAACGCGAUCCGCCAUACUACCACUGGCAAGGAGGUACCGAGCGGACCGCAUGUUCCUAAGACCAAGACUGAAAGGCAAGUUCUCAACCGACACGGCCUAUUUCAACCACAAGUCGAUACGAGGCAACAUCGCAAGCCAGAUCUAUUUCCACAAGAGCGGUUUCUACAGUUGCCAUCAUCUCUCAAAAGUGGACGAAAAGCAAGUUGGGCCGACCCUCAAGAAAUUCAUAGCUGACUACGGUAUACCAGAGCACCUCACGAUGGACGGAGCAGCAGUACAAGUGGGACGCAACACGAGCUUUAUGGAAACGAUCAACAGAGCCGCAAUUAACUACAACAUCUCCAAACCAUACCGACCGGAAGAAAACCCAGCCGAAGGGGGAAUCAGAGAACUCAAGCGACGAUUCUACAGAUUGAUAGUCAAGCAUGCGAUACCAGAACGGCUAUGGGACUUUUUGCUUGAUUAUGUGGUUGAUACCAUGAACAAUGAGCAUCACCGCCAACUACUCAAGAUAUUCUGA